UCUGUCAUGAGCGACGAAGAACGGUCUAAGCAGCAGCUCCUGGAUGGCUCGGCAUCGCUGUCGCCUUCACCGGGCACCAAGAAGCAGCCCCGCAUGCCCAAGUGCUCCCGCUGCAGGAACCACGGAUUCGUCUCACCUCUGAAGGGCCACAAGCGCUUCUGCAACUGGAGGGACUGUCAGUGCCAGAAGUGCAAACUGAUAGCGGAGCGCCAGCGGGUGAUGGCGGCUCAGGUGGCUUUGCGUCGUCAGCAGGCUCAGGAGGAAGAGAUGGGCAUCUGCACCCCAGUGAACCUGUCUGGUACUGACAUUGUGGUGAAAAAUGAGCCAGGCAGUGAAUAUGUGUUUCCUGUGGGAACUAGGUCCCCCUCGUCCACUACGCCUGGUUCUGCCACUUCCCCAACUGCUUCAGGAAGUCGUUCUACGCUGUCCCCGAGCCCCACCUUCUCCAGCAGAGGGCACUCUGAGAGUUCCACUGACCUGGUGGUGGAUGCCUCCUACUACAACUUUUACCAGCCCUCCCGCUACCCAGCCUACUACAGCAACCUCUACAAUUAUCAGCAGUAUCAGAUGCCCAGUGGAGAUAGCCGCCUGUCCAGCCACAACGUGUCCCAGCAGUACCGUAUGCACUACUACUCAGCAGCAUCCUAUCUCAGCCAGGGCCUGGGCACAGCUGCCUGUGUGCCCUCCAUUUUCACCCUGGAGGAGAACAAUUCCUGCCCUGAGCCCAAAGCUGCAGCCUUCUCUGCUGACGGAGCUCACGACACCAGCCUGGCCUGCAUGUCUAUCAGCCCUAUGGUGAGCGCAGAGAACAAGCCUGAAUGUGAGGCCAACUCAGACACUGGAGUGUUUACUGUGGAUUCCAUCAUAGAGGGAGCUGCCAAGUAA